UUGCUCUUGGAUCAAGAACGUUAUGCACAGAUUCAAAAGUACAACGAUGCUAGGGAAACAGAGCAAAAAAGAAAAGAUUUAUAUGUUACGGAAAUUAAGCAACAGAUAAAAAAAAACGAAACUGAUAAGAAAAAUUUGGAAAUCGCUAGAAUAGCAGAAGUACGAAUAAUGGUUCUAUACAGGAUGUUUAUUACCUAUAUUUAUUCAUUCAGGAUGCACAAAUUCGCAUGGAAGGGUCACAAAAAGCACAAAAUGAUGAAUUGAAACAUCAUAAGGAAAAAUUGGAAAAAAAAGAACAGAUUAGAAAAACUCUCUUGCUAUUUAAAAGUAUGUUAAAUGACAAGAAAUUAAGUGAAAUCGAAAUUGAAAACAAUGAAAAUCUAGAGAGACUAGAAUACAAUCGAAAAAAACAAGAACAAGAAGAAGAAUAUAAAAAAGAGUUGAUGAAAAAAAAAAAUUUAAGAGAAAGAGAAAUUAACAAAGUUCAAGCGAACCAAAAAGCUUCGCAAGAUACGCAAGCCCUUAAAGACGAGUUGAUGGCAAUUCGUAUCCAAGAUAAAGUCGAACGAGAAUUUCGCCGAAAAGAGCUAGAAGACGAAAUGAAAAAAAUACAAAUAAAUAAUGAUUUGAAGGAAGCUCGGCGCCAACAAAUUGAAAGCAACCGGGAGAGUGCCAUUAUGGAAGAAAAAAUAGAUCAAGAGCAUUUAAAGCAACAAAUGGUUGAAAAAGAAUUUGAAAAAAUUAAAGAGAGAAGGAUGUUUUUCCGGGAAGGUGUAACGUAUCAAGAAAACAAAAAUGCUAGAGAAAAAGCAUUACGUAUGACGGUAGAAGAGAAAAUUGCAGAACUGAAUAUGAAUCAGUUUUCAAGUAAGUUGAAGUGGUAUUGUAAUUUGAAAAUUGCAACUGUGGGAUUAGUAUCUGAAGCUAAAAUUAGAUUAGCUUAG